AUGAACGCGGCCGGCUUCCCCUGCCUGCGAGGCAUGUGCACGCUGCCGGCGGCCUGCCCCGCCGCCUCGGCCAGCCCCGGCUCCCCCGGUCCCCCUCGGGGCUCUCCCCCCGCCGCCCAGGUGAAGCCGGAGCCGCGAGGUGCCGGCAGCAGCCCCCCGCUGCCGCCUCCUCCUCCUCCUCCCCACGAGGAGCCGCCACCGCCCGCCGGGGGCCGCCGGAGGAAGCGGCCGGUGCAGCGGGGCAAGCCGCCCUACUCCUACAUCGCCCUCAUCGCCAUGGCCAUCGCCAAUGCCGCCGAGAGGAAGCUCACCUUGGGGGGCAUCUAUAAGUUCAUCACCGAGCGCUUCCCCUUUUACCGGGAGAACCCCAAGAAGUGGCAGAACAGCAUCCGCCACAACCUCACCCUUAACGACUGCUUCGUCAAGAUCCCCCGCGAGCCCGGCCACCCCGGGAAAGGCAACUACUGGACGCUGGACCCUGCUGCCGAGGACAUGUUCGACAACGGCAGCUUCCUGCGCCGGAGGAAACGCUUCAAGCGCACCGACAUCACCACCUACCCAGGCUACAUGCAGAACUCCAGCGCCUUCACCCCGCCACCCACCGUCCGCCCGGUGGCUCCUGCCGCCCCUUACCCAAAUGCCCUCUGCUCGCCCACCUACAGCCCCCAGCUCUCGGGCACCGUCUUCCAUCCCUACGCAACUGGAGUGGCACCGCCAGCACAGCACUCACGGAUGUUCAGCAUUGACAGCCUGAUCAGCGGGCAGCAGGCCCUGCAGCCCUCACCACCUGCCGAGCUGGCCCACCCCUCACUGGGCUUAACCGGGACUGAACUAGCCCCCAGCUGCUCUGCCAGCACCUCGGAGCCUCCCUGCUUUCAGCCGCAGCCCGUCAGCCCUGGUUUGCUGAGCCGAGCUGGCCCCAAUGCUUUGGCAUACCCCUACGCCGCCUCGCCACCCCAUCUCCCCGUAGGGCAGGGCAGCUAUUCACCCGGCAGCCCACAGCUCUAUGGGGCUCCCAGCAGACUGGCACUGCCCACUGUGCGCCCCACUGCCUGCCCUGAGCACAGCGAGCAGCUGCUGGGGCUCCCCGCAUCACCCCUCGGCCAGUUUGGCUCCGGCAAUGCCUAUGGCAGGCAGCCCAACUUCACCGCCGGCCUGGAGCGGUACAUGUGAUGGGACCAUGGAUGGAUGCUCUAAGGAUCCCGUGGAUGGAUGAAUGGACAUGUCCCCAUUGUGGGGAUUGAGUGGGUGGGAUGAGGGUCCUGCUCUUGGGCUGUGUGCAGACACAACCCCAUGUGCGUGGUGAAGGGGACCAAACUCUUUCUGACUCCUCUUUCCCAGCUGUGUUUAACUGGAGAGGAGGUUCCUCCUGGAAGCGAUGCUCGCAUGGUGCAAUGGGCAGGAACCCCAAAAGCAAGGAAUGGUCCACAAAUGGGCUAUCUCCUCUUCCCUGUGUGCUCCUCCAUCACUGGAAUGAGUCACCAAAAAACCCCACUAAACCAAUUUUAAAUGAAUAUUUAAGGUGUUUAUCCUCUUAUUCCCCCAUAGGAUAAAAGACAACAAACAACACCCUGAUUACUUCUUUUUACUAUUUUUAAAAAUGACUUUUAUUGUUAGAAAAGACUUUUUUAAAAUAAAGCUUUUCCUUCCAACCUG